CAUUAUAUAUACAUACAGUGAAAAAGAAGACAGACUAUGAGUUGAACAGCAGACCUUCUUGAACGCCAUUUAGGAGACGAUGUGAGAAGAAGAGAUCCAGAGAAGUCAGUUAAAAUAUUUUAUUUAUUUUUAACAGAAAGUAAAAUACACGCAACCAAAACAGAAAAGAAAAAAGAGAGAAAAGAGAGCAAAAUCAUGGCAAUUGUAGAAAAUGCGAGUGUCGAUUUAGGGAUAAGUAUAGGCUCGGCCUCAUCAUCAUCGUCAAGUCUAGAUUCAAGUGUAUCAUCAGCAUCAUCCAACGAUCAGGAUCACUCCAACCACAACAACAGCCACGACCACGGACGGUCGCUAAUCGAAAACAGUAUCUCGAUUCAGCCACUCUACAUGAAGGCUCAGGUUCAAUCUCCGCCUCCAAAUCUGCAGGUGGCUCAGCUUCAUCAUCAUCAUCAGCGAUCCAGCGGUGGAGGUGAUUUGCAGAGGGAUAUAAGGGAGUUGCAGGAAUUGUUUUCUAAGCUAAAUCCUAUGGCUGAAGAGUUCGUGCCUCCUUCUCUUGCUAACAACAAAAUUUCCAAUAACUAUAUUCAUGGACUUAAUGGACUCAAUGUGGGUUUUUAUACUAAUAACAACAACUAUGACCCUGCCUUUAUGCUUACCAACGCCUCUAGAAAUGGACAACUUAAUGGAAGCGCCGCUCGAAGGAAGAAGAACUAUAAUCAAGGGAAACGGAGGUUGAACAGCAGGACAAGUAUGGCUCAGAGGGAGGAGAUUAUUCGCAGGACCGUCUAUGUGUCUGACAUUGAUCAACAGGUCACAGAAGAGCAGCUUGCGGCCCUAUUUGUUGGCUGUGGGCAGGUGGUGGACUGUCGGAUAUGUGGUGAUCCCAAUUCUGUACUUCGUUUUGCCUUUAUUGAGUUUACUCAUGAGGAAGGUGCACGUGCUGCUUUGAACCUAGCUGGAACUGUGCUUGGAUACUACCCUGUGAGGGUGCUGCCUUCUAAAACCGCUAUUGCACCAGUUAAUCCAACCUUUUUACCAAGGUCUGAUGAUGAACGUGAAAUGUGCAUAAGAACUAUCUACUGCACAAACAUUGAUAAGAAGGUUACUCAGGCAGAUGUUAAACUCUUUUUUGAAUCCGUCUGUGGAGAGGUUUAUCGCUUGAGGCUGCUAGGGGAUUAUCAUCAUUCUACUCGUAUUGCUUUUGUGGAAUUUGUGAUGGUCGUGAUGUUCAGAGAAAUAAUCAAAGGUGAAGAAGACAUCUCAAUGCUUUGCCAUCCUUGAACAGCUCAAAUGCUUCGUUUAUCUUGUCAAAGGGAAGUUCAUGCGUUAUAAAUCCAUCUAGAUUUACAACCUGAGAACAAAGUUCAUAAGGAAAUGAGUUGGGACAUUCAUAUGGAAAGAAUGGUAUAAUGAUGCAGAGUCAGAGUGACAUACACGGCGCAUGCAGGCUUUGGCAAGAUCAGGCAGCUGUCUCUUCCCUUUGAAGUCGCCAAAGAUAGUUCCAGUGACUGUCCUUCCAUCAAACAACUCCAUUGGAUGUAGAGGCAGCAACUUUGGACUCCCAUAAAUUCCCACCAGCACCGUCUUUCCCCAACCCUGUAUUCAACAAUAUCCAAUUCCAAGGUAAGAGGCGUAUGGGAGCGACUUAUAUAGAGUUCAGCAGAAGAACAAUGGUGUUUCUAAAGUUACAUCAUGAGUGGACAAAAAGGCUUCUCGAAGAACUUCCAAGUGUCCUGCACAUUCGAAGCUGUAGUCUACGCCUCCAUUAGUCAUUUCCCUGAUUAUCUGCAACAUCAUUUAUUUGGAUGGUCAGUGUGUUCUUUAAUAACCUCAUAAAUUCUCGUAUAGCUAAUUUGUACUGUUUAAUGACUUUUGACCUCAUGCACUGGCUUCGAGGCAUUCUUGGGAUUUAUAAAUUGUGUAAUUCCUGCUGCUCUGCCUGCACCCGCAAUACAAAAGGAGAUUAUUUAUUUGUUGGAAAA